GCUCCGGCCGCGGCCCCUUCCUCCUGCAGCGGGUGCCGUGGGGCCGCGGGGCCGCGCGUCACCGUCUCUAUGGCCGGGGCUCGGAGCGCAAAGAGAACAGACCUCAGAACCAGGACAAGCUCUGCUGUGGGGGCCAGGUGACCUCAACAGUCACCUCCAGCCCAAUCGAUGACCCAGCUCCCGCCCAGCAUGGAGCCUGGACUGGAUGCCACGCAACUGUGUGGGACUCAUCCCAUGCUCUGAUCGCUUUCCUGGAAUCCCAUGGCCACACUAACCUAUGAGUCCUUGUCCCCCAAGUUCCAGGACCCUCCCUGGCCUCAUGUCCCUUGACUUCCUGAGUAACCUCCCUGGACCUUGACCCCUGUGACUCUUUUCCCGUCUGUCCCCUUCCACUGGCUCCCCGUGGGAUUCCUGUGGGUCUGGGCCUCCGCAGGAAGAUGUGGCGGAGGCUCUGGCCCUUCUUUCUGAGCUUCCUCACGGCCACUGCAGUUCCCGGGCCCUCACUGCGGAGAACUUCCAGGGACCUCGAUGUUACCCCACGCAUGACUCUCUCCUAUGAAGAGAUCUCCGGAAUUCCAAGUUUCAAGGGCCCAGCCCGAAACUACUCGACUCUACUGCUGGAGGAGGGCCCCGCGCGGCUGCUGGUGGGAGCCCGAGGGGCCCUGUUCUCUCUCAACGCCCAGAACAUCGGAGAUGGGGCGCACAAAGAGAUCCUCUGGGAGGUCUCCGCAGAGAAGCAAAGCCAAUGUCAUCUCAAAGGGAAAAACAACCAGACCGAGUGCUUCAACCAUGUGCGUUUCCUUCAGCGGUUCAAUGAUACCCACCUCUAUGUAUGCGGGACUCAUGCCUUCCAGCCCUUCUGUGCCGUCAUUGAUGCAGAAGACUUCACCAUGCCAACCCACUUUGAGGAGGGAAGGGAGAUGUGUCCUUAUGACCCAGCCCAUGGCUUCACCGGCCUCCUCAUCGAUGGAAGCUUCUACACAGCCACCCGUUAUGAAUUCCGGAGCAUCCCUGACAUUCGCCGAAGCCACCACCCAUACACCCUGAAAACGGAGGAGGCGCCGAUACACUGGCUCAAUGAUGCUGAGUUUGUGUUCUCCGUCCUGGUCCCGGAGAGCAAAACCAGUGCGGUGGGUGACGAUGACAAGGUUUACUACUUCUUCAUGGAGCGUGCUAUGGAUGAAGGCUAUGUCAACUUUCCUCAGAGUCGCAGCAACCAACGCGUAAACCGUGUGGCCCGGGUGGCCCGCGUGUGCAAGGGAGACCUGGGAGGGAAGAAGAUUCUGCAGAAGAAGUGGACCACCUUCUUGAAGGCGCGCCUCAUCUGCCACAUUCCACAGUAUGAGACGCUGCGCAGUGUCUGCAGCCUGGAUGCUGAUACUGCAGCCGGCACACGCUUCUAUGCAGCCUUCACGCUAGUCACGCAGUGGAAGACCCUGGAGGCCUCAGUGAUUUGCCGCUACGACCUGGCUGACCUGCAGGCUGUUUUCACAGGCCCCUACCUGGAGUACCAGGAUCGUGCUCGGCGCUGGGGCCUCUAUGAGGGCGCAGUGCCAGAGCCCCGGCCUGGCUCGUGCAUCACAGAUUCCCUGCGCAGCCAAGGCUACAAUUCAUCACAUGAUUUGCCGACCACGGUCCUGGACUUUGUCAGGCUGCACCCAGUGAUGGCGCGGCCGGUGCCGCCCACACGCGGACGGCCCCUCCUGCUCAAGCGCAAUGUGCGUUACACACACCUCACAGGGACACCUGUCACCACGCCGGCAGGACCCACCUAUGACCUGCUCUUCCUAAGCACAGCUGACGGCUGGAUCCACAAGGCCGUGGUUCUGGGCUCUGGGGUGCACAUUAUUGAAGAGACACAAGUCUUCAAGGAGGCCCAGUCGGUGGAGAAUCUGGCUGUCUCUCCAAUGCAGCACAGCCUCUACGUUGGGGGUUCUAGUGAAGUCGUGCAGCUACCGUUAUCCUUCUGUUCCCGCUACCACUCCUGCUACGACUGCAUUCUGGCCCGGGACCCCUACUGUGGCUGGGACCCCAAUGCCCAUGCCUGCAGAGCUACCACCGGACCCAAUAAGACCCUAACUGACAGGUCAGAACUGAUACAGGACAUAGAGCGAGGAAACCGAGGCUGUGACGGCCACACAGACACAGAGCUGCCACCACCACUGAAGCUCCGCUCUGUGCUCCGAGGUGAUGACGUCCUCCUGCCCUGUGACCAACCGUCCAACUUGGCCCGGGCCUUGUGGCUGCUCAAUGGGACUGUGGUCAUGAGAGAUGGGCAGAACGGCUACCGUGUGGGAGUGGACGGGCUGCUGGUGAUCGGCACGCAGGCCCAGCACAGUGGCAACUACAGCUGCUAUGCUGAGGAAAACAGCCUCCGCACCCUGCUGGCCUCCUACAGUCUCUCAGUGCGGCAGGACACUCCUACCCCAGUUCCACAAACGGCUCCACACUCCAGUGGGAGAUCGCUCUAUGUAAUGACCAUUGCUGUGCUCGGUGGCCUCUGCCUUAUCCUGACCGCCUGCCUCCUCUAUAUGGCCUAUCUGCAGGAAAACAGAGGAGGUAAUCGACGAAAAUACUCCCUGGGUCAAGCACGCCGGGCAGGGGGCUCGGCUGUGCAGCUGCAGACGGUCUCAGGCCAGUGUCCAGGAGAGGAAGAUGAGGGUGACGACGGGGAGGGGACUGGGGGCGUGGAAGGCAACUGCCUCCAGGUCAUUCCUGGGGAGGGAGCCCCAGCGCCGCCGCCCCCGCCCCCGCCCCCACCACCCACUGAGCUGACUAAUGGGCUGGUGGCGCUGCCCAGCCGGCUGCGCAGAAUGAAUGGCAACAGCUACAUGCUGCUGAGGCAAAGCAACAACGGAGUGCCAGCGGGGCCCUGCUCCUUUGCUGAGGAACUCAGCCGCAUCCUGGAAAAGAGGAAGCACACACAGCUCGUAGAGAACCUGGACGAGAGCUCUGUCUGAGCGCAACCUCCCGGGACAAAAAAAAAAAAAAAAAAAGAUCAACCAACCAACCCUCUUCCAAGUCAGCCUACCUGCCCCAGGCUGGGCUGCCUACCCAGCAGUCAUCCCCCGCCCCUUCUCCUGCCCCACUCCAAGCCCUUCCCCCGAAUUUCUUGAUGUUCCUGUAGGGCUAGACCAACGGAUCCAGAAAGAGUCUGCACCCACCCUUACUUCUCAGUCUUCACGUUCUACGUGAACAGCCCAGGCCAAACGGUGCUCCUAGAGGUAGGUGCUCCCUCAGACUCUGCUGCUCUGCAGCGCCUGCCCCAGUUCCUAGUCCUCUGGCCUGAGCACUUGGGAGGAGAGAACCCCACUAUCUUGCCCCUUUUUUCCUACUCAUCCUUCCUCUCUCCCUAUGCAGGGCUCUGCAGGUCCAGACAGCCUCAAUGUCACCACUCUCUGUCUGUAUGGCCCAAUGUACUGGAUGGUCCCCAAACCACAAAGACCUCUGCCAGCUACCUGAGCCCUACGUACAUCCCCCUUUAUAUGUCUAUCAGCCGGGCUGCAGGCCCCCCCAGGCCCCCCAUUCUUAUGUUUCAUUCUUUCUCCUGGACUUUGGGUACCCUAUUGCCACAUCCCAUCCUAUCUAGUCCUUUAGACCCAGCCCACGUGGUGACCUCUUUGGCAGAGAGCCGCUUAGGAACAGGCCAGUGGAGGGAGGUCAGACAGCAUCAUCCCCCUCUUCCUCCCUUUAUAUGCAGCCCUCGUGAGUCAGCCUCCCCCAAGCCCCUCAGUAACCCGAGUAGCAAGACGAGCCCCCGGCAUGCCCCUCCCUCACAGGCGUGCACACAUUUCCUCUCACAAGCACCUUCUGAGCCUUGUGUCUGUCAGGUUUGGUCUGUGGACAUUUCAGAGGGAGAGCCUUCUCCCAUUUAGCGGUCCUCGCUGACACUCGAGGAUGGGCGACCAACUCUGCACUCAAUGAGCCAGCCUCCCUUUUGGGAACCAAGCAUUUGCUACCCCUAACCAGAGCAGAGGGAGGAGAGAUCUGACGUCUACCUGGCACAUGAAGCCCGUUCUUGGAACUAUGCAAAGGGCAGAGGCUGGGAGUUUGGAUGCUUUGGCUCCCACCCCUGUCCUACCUCACCGGGGCACUUUCAGGGUCCAGGGGCCUCUGAAGUCUCCAGGCCCAUGAGGGACAAUCAAAUCCUGACUGAGCCUCCCAUUUCCCUUGGGUGAGGAUGACUGUUAUUUUUGUAGCUGAGGACGUGGCAUCCCACGGAUUUUUACUACCCUUCACCCCUUUUCUCCCCUACAAUGAAUGUAUUUAUUGUGAAAAAAACUACCCUUAGAAACACCCCCCACUCACCAGCCAGGUGGGCCGAACAGGCUCCUGCCAGCCUGGGGAGCCUGGGUUCUGCUCCUCCCAACCUUCCUCCUAACCCGUUGGUUAAUAAAAACCCUUUUUCCCCACA